UGAUUACCAUAACCCUUUUUUAGUAUUAUUACAAAAUUGGGAGUAGUGCCUUUACAUUUUAAAUUGAAUGAAGAAAUUGGGGAGUUAGAUGGCUCUAUAGUGACAUAUAAAUUUGGGCAGGGUUGUUUAAAUAAAGAAUAGCGCUAUAGAAUUGAAUGGAGAGAAAGGUGGUUCAUUAGGAUUCAAAAUAAUUGUGUGUUUUUGGAACAAGAUCGAUCAAAAAACUGAAGGGUUAUUGGCUUUGGGGCAUUAAUGGUGCGGUGCCUAUAUAGAUGCGAAAGGAAGGGACGGAUUUAAAAGUUAAAACCUAUUCGUGUUGUGUGUUGGGGCGUGGCACGACACACUUUGUCUGUGGGUCUCAACUCAAUGCAAGCCCUUCGCCUUCUCCUUUCCCAUUUCUGAUCCGAUUGGGGCUAUGAAGAAGGCAUUGAUUUAGUUUGUAGGAUGCUGAUGGCCUCCAUCCUGAAAUUUUGAACCUUUCAAAUUUGCAGUGGCCAUUAGUGUGUUGACUGGAUGAGAUUGAUGGACAUGCUUCUAAAAGUUCAAUAAUCUUUAAUUCCAAACACUGUUGCCUUGACUCUAUCUCAGGGGCCCUGUAGCAACAUACAACAUUUUUUCUGAAUUUGAUUCAGGUGAUAAUGUUAAUACAAACUUCUGUCCUUAGUUCAGUUGAAGCUGGUCUAUGUUAUGUAUCUGAUGAUGGGAAAGAUGUUCUAUGUGACCGGAUGCCUAGUGGUGAAACUUGGCAGGUGUGUCUGAAAUGCAAUAAGUACCCUCUUGACUGGUGUAGAAAAGCUGAACCAGUGGAAGAAGAUAGAAGGAAUGCUGAUGAUCCUUACAGAUCAAGCUGUGUAGUUAGCUUUGGUCAGCCGUCAACUGCUAGUAUAAUGACAGAAAAUACUACACCUAAUAUGGUAUACAGGAGAAAGAAGCUCCGUAAGGACUCAAAUUUCAAACUAGGGCCAACUAAUGUGCAGGCAAGUGCAAACAUCCCUUCAGUCAUAAGUUCCGCUGCACAUUUAUCAUCAGCGGAGGAUCAGCCAACUGGUUUUCAAGUUAAGCAUGCAAUUGAAAUUGUUAAAGAUCCUACGAUGCCUUCAGUCUUAUUUGAUGGAGUAACCAAAGAUAGCACACAUAAAAACUUAGGUAUUAAUAGUGUAAAUGAUAGUUGCUCCUCUUCAAAGCCAAAUAUGGAAACUGAAAUGGAUGAAACUGGUGAAUGCUCCUCCUCCAGUAUUAUAGUCAUGGAUUGCACAAGGGAAGAAGUAACAGAAAAGGAUUUCUGCAUGAAUAUUUUAAGAAGCCAUGGACUUCUUAAAGAAAAUUCUCCGGUAGAUAAUGUGACUUCUGGGGAAGAUGCUGUCACCACUAGUAAUAACUGCUGUUCCAGGUCAUGCAAAAUAUGUGGUGAUUUAGACAAUUCAUUGAACAUGCUUUUAUGUGAUCAUUGUGAAGAUGCAUAUCAUCUGUCUUGCUACAAUCCACGUUUGAAAAAAUUACCAAUUGAUGAGUGGUUUUGUCAUUCAUGUCUUAUAAAGAGGCAGAAAAUUCUCAAGGAGACAGUUAUAAGAUCACCAAGUAUCCACAAUGAAUUGGGAAAAUGUAGAACUGCCCCAGUUAAGGCUGAAUUGAAUCCUAUACUGUUGAUGUUGAGAGACACCAAGCCCUAUACAACUGGUGUGCGAGUUGGUAAAGGUUUUCAAGCAGAAGUUCUUGACUGGUCAGGCCCGAUAAAAAGUGAUGAAGAUGCCCUUCCUGAACCAUUGGAAAUUAGUCCUUCAGAAUUUUAUAAAUUGCUGGGAGAAAAUACGAGAAAUCCUACUAAACUUAGUUCCAUUGGUAAUUGGGUUAAAUGUCAGGAGAUUAUAGAUAGAGCCAAUGGAACUAUAUGUGGAAAGUGGCGCAGGGCUCCUCUUUUUGAAGUUCAAACUGAUGCCUGGGAGUGCUUUUGUGCUAUCCAUUGGGAUCCAUCUCAUGCUGAUUGUGCUGUACCUCAGGAGCUUGAAACAGAUCAAGUACUGAAGCAACUGAAGUAUAUAGAAAUGCUACGGCCUCGACUUGCUGCUAAACGGAAAAAAUCAGAUUGCACACAUAAUAGUGAUUGAAGUCGGGUGAGAGCUGGAUAUUUUGUCCUUGUACAUGCUACAAUUUGGUCAUACAAACCCAAAUUUAGAUGUUCCAUGCCUUCAAGUGGUAUUUUGUUUUUAAGGCAUGAUAAUGGAUUUGGAAUGUAACUUCCGGCUUUUUUAACUUUUUUUUUUGCAGUUUUUAUUUAUUUAUUUUUAUUUUUAAUAUUUUCCAUAUAUGUGGAAUGUGAUCAAUCAUAUAGUUAGUUCAAUUUUGGCAGUGGAAACCUCUUUGUAACGCUCUUAGUUUCCUAUAGAUAAAAAAGAUAUGGUAGGGGAAACGGUGCAAUAAACCAUCAUUACUUGGGGUAAUUUCACCCUUCUGAGGGCUCUAUAUUCGAGUGAUGCUCAAUUUGACUUUA